CCAACAAACUGAACUGGAAUACAAAAAAAGGGAGGUAUGAGGAGGUCCGGGAAACAAGCUAAAGAAAAAUAAGCAAUGGGAAACUUGAGUGUUUUUAACCAUUUUUAUUUUGUUUUGUUUUUUUCUUCAUUCUUUAUUGUAAUAUUUCAAAAAAAAUCCUAAUAAAUAUCUUAUAAAAAAAAUACUUUGUCUACUGUGGUAUAAAGUGCGGAGAUGAAGGUUUUAAAAAACAAACACUUCAUCUAAUGCGUUGAAACAGUAUUUCAUUAUGUUUUAUGUUCCCUUUGGCCGAAGCGAGUCCGGCCUCUGACCCCUCCGUGGGGGAGAAGGCGAGCCCCCCCCCCCCCCGUGGGCAGGAGGAGAAGCGCGCCGCUUGCAUCCGAGACACACGUGUAACUGACCCUGCACAGCCUUAAAAAGUCACGUUUUUAGACGCGCCUCCUUCCUCCCCCAAUGGCGCAGAAGCUGGACUACCGCCAAGACCUGGCCGAGGACGUUGCCCUCCAGCGGAGGCGCUACCGGGAGCUGCAGAGGCAAAGCCGGGUGUUCGACGCCAGGGUCAGGACCAUCGGGGUUGACACGGAAGCUUUGGAUGCUCAAAUCAAAGACAGAAAGAUCCAAGAAGCAACUCAGAGGGCAUAUGAGGACAGCAUUGCUGCUGAAAUGAAACAAAAUGACAAAAUCCUCUGCAUCUUAGAUGAACGACAGAAAAGAGACUCUCAAAUUCUAAACAAAGCUGUCAAUGAAUUUCGCCAAACUUAUCAGCGGCCAGAAACACGGCGUGAAUUUGAUUUGUCUGACCCACAAGCCCUAAAGAAAGAUACCCCAGCUCGUCUCGCAGACAGUGACCCUCGAUGUACCAUAUCUGGCUUGCAGAAGUUUAUGGGAGAAGAUUUGAACAGUGAGAAUAGGUGGAAAUUCCAGAAGGAGCAAACAAGGGAAUGGCUUUUGCAACAACAAAAAGAUUGGGAGAACGCACUGGCAGAUAAAAAAUAUGCUGAUGCUCUCCAUGACCAACACAGAAUGGAACUUGAUCAAAAGGCUGUGAACCUUCAAAGAAUAGAUGAAGAAACAAGACGAGCCAUUUGCAUCACUACUACAGAAUUUAAUAAAGCUCUGGCUGCUGACAUUGCAUCAAGAAGACAACUUGAAAAGCAGCAAGAAAACGAAGAUAACAUAGCUGAGAUUUCAAAUCUGCUUAGAGGAGACCUGCUCUCUGAAAACCCACAGCAAGCUGCCAGUUCCUUUGGUAACGGUCGAGUGAUUCCUAACCGAUGGAAAGGAAUGAACCAAGAUCAGCUGAAAGAAAUACGUGACGUUCAGCUGCAACAAGUUCUGGAGAAGCUGAGGUUGGAAGAAGAAGAACGUCAAAGAAAUGCAGAGUGGGACAGAAAGCGCAUUCAGGAAGCUAGGGCAGAAGUGCUUUUCGAACGGCAUCAGCAGCGUCAGAAUCGAGAGCUUCGGAGAACAUUAGAUAAUCUUAAUGCACAGCUCUCCCAGGAACAGAAGACAAGGCAAGCAUAUAUUGAUGAAGAGGUGCAUUCAAAUUUUCCUUCUGGCCAGUAUUACACACAAUUUAACACCACUAGCCGGUGAUGUUUGGAUCAAUAUUAUCGAGUUGGAUAUAUCCAAAAGGUUUGCAGAAGUAUUUGUUUCAACUUCAAAACUGUAAUAAAGAAAACAACAUUAAUAUGUUUUUUACCUGACAUAUGGAUAUUAUGAAACUAAGCCUUUAUAAUGAGCAAGAGGAUGGUGGAUUCCAAAAGGAAAUAUUAAUGCAGAAAUAAAAAAUGUACAGUGAAGACAAUAUAAUAGAACAUUUGCAGUUCUUAGUAAAAGUUGUUGAUACUGCUAUAAUGCUUCUAGAAGAAUUUAUAGGAGAAUUUUGUAGCCCCACCAUUCAUUGAAUGAUUCCAGUGUCAGUUUCAGUAGAAUAAUAUAAUGCUGCCCAAUUCAUAAAAGCAAAUACAUAUUGAGCAAAAUUUUGGGAAACAGUAAAUUAAAUGAAUUGCUUAACAAUUGUUCAGUGCACAAACACAUCCAUAUAAGAAUGUUUCUAGAUAACAGACUGUUUUUACAAUGAAACUACUGACAGAAAUAUAUGUUGCAGGAGACGAAUAGUAUGGAAAACAGCAUUCCUAUGUUGCGUUCUGCACUGUAUCAUAUGGUAUCACUUACCCCAUAUAAUAACACCAUCCCCUCUGCAUUUCUCCACCUCCAUUCCAAAUUAUUGGUUGCCACUGGCAGGAGUGGAUAAGCAAUAUUAUAUGUUGUGGGGGAAAACUUGAACAAAGGCAUUCCCAUCUCAUUUGUGACAUCCAACCCUGUGCAUAAAGAUUCAUUGAAUGACCAGAAAACUCCACUAGAAGGACACACAUAGUUGGUGCAACGGAUUUCUCCUCUCCCUACUGCCCCCAUCCCCAAUAACCCAAAAAUCUGCUUUAGAGAUUUGGUGAUCUUCUGGAGCAGAUGUGGACAGAGGGGUCCAUCAGGGUUGGAAAGGAAGAAGAAGAAGAAGAAAAGGAAGAAGAAGAAGAAGAAGAAGAAGAAGAAGAAGAAGAAGAAGAAGAAGAAGAAGUAGUCAGCCCACUUGACAUUGGAUGUUAUCCAGAAUAUUCAUCUCAACUAGGAAAAGUUUGUCCAAAAUUUGUCUUCAUGAUCUCUUUUCAGACUUUCAUAUGGAAUUUUCUCCCAGGAGAAAACAUCCAUAAGAUUUCUAGAAAGUUAUCAAACUCUUUCAUGCUCAGAGUAGAUCCACUGAUAUCAAUGGAUCUACUCUGAGUUUGACUUAGAUACUAUUUUAUAUAUGUCUUGGGGAAGUACUGUGCCUCUUGCUUAGUUGGGUUGAAGGUCUUUUUGUGUCUUCUUGAACCAUUUUUACUUUUGAGUCGUUUUGUAGAAUUUAAAAAUAAAUGAAUGAAUUAUGAGAA